AAGGGAUGUAUCCGAGGGGGUGCUGGCCAUGGCAGUUGGAAACACAUCUAUACCACUGUGUUAGCAGACAUAUGCCAGCAUAGCAGCAAUGCCGAGAUAAAGAAAACAGCUCGGCUGGGCAGCCAAACCCCUCCAGGAUAUCACAAUACUGAUGGACUGCUUAAACUGUCGAACCACUGUAAAUCAUGGAGAAAAAUGGAGUGGGAGACCAAGCAAACAUUGAAAACGAGCAAAAAUAGCCACAUCUAUUUUGGUUUUGGUUUGUGGAUGUAAUUCAUUUUUCGACAUCUUUAGAUAUUAGGCCUAUAUGACUCCUCAUUGCAGACAUAACAGUUUAAAGCAAGAGUAGGUUCCAAUGAAACCGCUUGGGUUAGCCAUUAUAUUUACACUAAAAGUCUAACUAAAGCAAUAAUUCCCUAUCCUGGUCUGCAGUUUGUCAGGGUUUUCACUGAGUUUGGUGUCAUCUGUUAAUUCGCUAGAUGGCGCCAAGGCCUGGCAGCUGCGCUACAGUGCUGUUCAGGCUUUGGUGUGAGUAUGCUGAGGGCUCAGCGGAGCCGUGUUGCAGGAGGAGCUGAGGAAUGUGGCCUGGAUCGCUCUGCAGGAACACCUGGGCCAAGAGACAGACCAGAGAGUCCGAGACACCCCCAGGGUUAUA